CGGCGGAGCGGGGGGGGAGCGCUGCGCCGCGCGCUGCGGCGGGGGCGGCUCUGCUCGGCUCCGCGCCCGCCCCCGCCGCCGCCCCGCUGCCAUCGGCGGCUCCAAGCGCCGUCGCUCGCAGCUCGCUCCCGGGCCCGCCGCAACGCGGGGCUGGCGGGGAGAGCCACCCCCCCCACCGCCCCCGCCGCCCGCGCCGCUCCCCUGCCCGGCUCGCCGGCCCCGGGCGCGGGGGAGCGGCGGAGCCUGCCGCCUGCCGGGUGCAUGGACAGGAGCUCCCUGCUCCAGCUAAUCCAGGAGCAGCUCGACCCCGAAAACACGGGCUUCAUCGGGGUGGAGACAUUCGCCAGCCUCGUGCACAGCCAUGAGCUGCCCCUGGACCCCGCCAAGCUGGACAUGCUGGUGGCCCUGGCACAGGGCAACGACGAGGGGCAGGUCUGCUAUCAGGAGCUGGUAGACCUGAUCAGCAGCAAGCGCUCAAGCAGCUUCAAGCGCGCCAUCGCCAACGGGCAGCGAGCCCUGCCCCGAGAUGGGCUGCUGGACGAGACCGGCCUGGGCUUCUACAAACGCUUUGUCCGCUACGUGGCCUACGAGAUCCUGCCCUGUGAGAUGGACCGACGCUGGUAUUUCUACCAGCACCGCACGUGUCCGCCCCCUGUCUUCAUGGCAGCUGUCACCCUCACACAGAUCAUUGUGUUCCUCUGCUACGGGGCCCGGCUGAACAAGUGGGUGCUGCAGACCUAUCACCCGGAGUACAUGAAGAGCCCCCUUGUCUACCACCCCGGGCACCGGGCGCGGGCGUGGCGCUUCCUCACCUACAUGUUCAUGCAUGCGGGGCUGGAGCAGCUGGGGUUCAAUGCCCUCCUGCAGCUGAUGAUCGGAGUCCCCUUGGAGAUGGUGCAUGGCAUCCUGCGCAUUAGCUUCCUCUACCUGGCUGGUGUCCUGGCAGGCUCCCUCACUGUCUCCAUCACGGACAUGCGGGCCCCCCUGGUUGGGGGCUCAGGUGGGGUCUAUGCACUCUGUUCAGCCCAUCUUGCCAACGUUGUCAUGAACUGGGCCGGGAUGCGCUGCCCCUACAAGCUGCUGCGGAUGGUGCUGGCGCUGGUGUGCAUGAGCUCGGAGGUGGGUCGUGCCGUCUGGCUCCGCUUCUCCCCACCACUGCCGGCCUCGGGUCCCCAGCCCAGCUUCAUGGCACACUUGGCGGGGGCCAUCGUGGGCAUCAGCAUGGGGCUGACCAUCCUGCGCAGCUACGAGGAGAGCCUGCAGGACCAGUGCGGCUGGUGGGUCCUGCUUCUCUCCUAUGGCACCUUCCUCCUCUUCGCUGUCUUCUGGAACAUUUUCGCCUACGACCUGCUGGGGGCACAGAUCCCCCCCCCGCCAUAACCUACCUCCCUCCCCCCCAGCCCGUUGUUUUUGUUUUUUUUUUCUGAUAUUGCUGGCUGAGCCCCAGAGGAGGAUGUGGGGGGCCCUGCGCGUGACAUGGGGACAGGCCACCCCCUUGUUGCCUGCCCCCUCGGUGCUAGCUAGCGCACUGCUCCCCCCCUCCGUGGGCAGCGUCCCCUUGCCCCCAAAUGUACCCUCGCAAACCCCUCCGCUCUGCCCCCUCCCCCCGAAGGAUGCUUCAGCCCUGCACUGGCAUCGCCAAAGCCCUUACGGUGUCUGCAGGGCUCAGGAUGUGCCCCCAGGAAGGAGCUGAGUUGAGGGACUCCCCACUUGUUCCCCCUUUCCGGGGUGGCAGCCAACUCAUUGACCCUCCAGGGGGCACUUUCACACGAAGGACUGGUGCCAAAAUAGGAGCGAUUUAUUUUUCUAUGCCAAAAUAAAUAUAAAUAAAUGCAAGAGAGAAAAAAGAACAAUAACACGGGGCAAGCCCAGCAGGAAGGCGAAUCAGCUGAGACCAGCACAACUCGUUUGAGCAGUGCCCUCGGCAGCGCAACCCCCCUCCCUGUGCCCUGACCCCCCCCCGCUUUGCUGCCAGCCACCCUCCCCCUGGCGGGGUCUUGCCCCGGGAUGGGGGCAUGGGGGGGAGGCCCCUGCUCCGACACCCCUCCCGACCUUUUUGAAGUAUAAAUAAAUAUUUUGCACACUGUCA